AUGUGACAGGUGUUAAACUUUAACACAUGGUUGCCAAACAGGCCCUAAGAGAAGCUCUUGGAGGCAUCACUGCUCCCCAAAUGUUCCCCAAAUGUUUUACCUUUUCCAGUUAUGCGAUCAUGUGAAACUCUUCCGUUGGAGCUCAGAAUGAUUGACACAAAGCUAUUCUCUCCACCGUAUAUGCUGUGUGCAGCCACAAGUUGCACCUGAAACUGGUUUGCCUUGUUCCUUUCCCCUGCAAAUUGUGACUUUGUGAGGCUGCAGAGUCGCCUUCCCUGUGGCCCGCCGGACGCCGGCCGCCCACGCCCAACAACUCCCGCAACAUCUCAAGACAAAGCCCCGCCUACGCCAGUCACCGCUGCCUCUCUCUUCGCCAACCGAAAGCGCCAGCCGCCUUCUCCGUCAGCCAGUACUCAGUCCAGACUCCAGGCACCAAAGUCACGCGAUGUGACGCCACCGCGCGUUCCCGCGGCACAAGUUUUUUCCACGCGCACCGCGUCGGUUUAGUUUGGUGUCAGCGACCGGCUCGCGAACAAGCCAUCUUUACCUCACGGCUCCUUCCCAUCCGCCGCGGCGUACCCGUCUCCUCCUCCUCCUCCUCCCACUCCGGCAUCCGCGAGCCUCGCCGGAGGUACCGUUCACCGUCCUCCAGCCUGAUCCAGACCGACCGCCUCGAUGCCUCCGCCUGAUCUUCCACCCCCAUCGCUUUACCCACCAUCUCCUCCUCCCUCCUCCGCGGCUUCCCACGGCCAGAGCACCUUCGUCACCGCUCUCAUCAUCGCCGGCUCGGUGAUCGCCGUCCUCGUCUUCUUCCUCUCCGUCUUCCUCUUCGUACGCCGCAGGCGGCAGCAGCGGCGGCAGCGAGAGGCGCUUCUCGAAGCCGCCCUGGCCCCAGCGGCGCUGCCCGCCACACCCCCCGGCGACGACGGCGGCCCCGAUCCCCCCGGGGAGGAGGAAGUCGUGCACCACGCGUGGCACAUCCGGACCGUGGGGCUCGACGAGGCGGCGAUCGAGUCCAUCGCGCUCACGCGGUACCGCGCCGGCGGUGCGCUCGGCGCAUCCGACUGCACCGUCUGCCUCGGCGAGUUCCAGGACGGCGAGCUCCUCCGGCUGCUGCCCAAGUGCGCCCACGCGUUCCACGUCCAGUGCAUCGACACCUGGCUCCGCGCCCACGUCAGCUGCCCGCUCUGCCGCGCCAACGUGAUGGACCCCGCCGCCGCCGCCGCAGAGCAACCCGACCCAACACAUCCUGCUCCCGGCGCCGACGCCGACGCCGAACAAGAACAGGACGCGGGGAACACCGGAGCCCCGGAACACGAGCAGCCAGGCCAGCACGCGAACGGGCAACCGGACAUCUCGUCGGAGCAACCGCGCCAGCGCCCCGGCCCGCGGGGGCGGAACUUUCGGCGCGUGGCUUCCAUGGACUCGCCGCCGUCGCCGAUAGCGUCAGCCGGGGAGGCCCCUGACCCUGGACACGAGCAGGCCGGUGGCGAGAAGCAGGGGACAGGCAGCGCUGUUUGCUGCGAGGUGUCACCAGGAUCUGACCAUCUGAACCGCGCCGCCAUGAAGAGGUCGUUGUCCGCCGGCAGCCGGUGGACGCUGCUCUCGCGGCCUUGCCGCUCGCGCAGCUCUCUUCUGCCGUUGUGAUGGUGCGGAGAUCUCCAUCUGCUGCGUGAUGAUGGAGUUUUUGCGCUUGUUCUUGAAUACUCUACAGUUUGCAGGUGAGCAGAGGGUUCACUACACUCUGCAUUACAGGCACGGAAAAAGGAGACUCUCGCCGGAGAAUCACUUGUAUAGUGCUCGUUUUUCCGAGACUUGGUAUUAUGGUGUUCAGCUUGUUCUUUGCAAGAUUCAGAGGAAUGUCUCGAUCGUGUCCUUUGAAGUGUUGGAGCAAUUGCUAGGCCAUAACAAAUCCUCUCUUCAUGAUAGUGCUGUAUAGAAAUCGGAAUGUUCCUGGUGCCGUCAUUUCUAACUGAAAUUUCAUGUACGCAUAUGAGGCUAUCUAUCUAUAUUUCUUUUCUCAUAUUUUGUACGGCAGGCUCAAGACAUUUUUCUGUUAAGUUCCGACCAAUUUCGAAAAUA